CUCUUUUAAGAAUCCUGUUUGUAAUGAUCAAUUUGGUUUUGGGAGUGCUCAAGCUUAAAAGCUUGUCGCAGGAUUCAGGUUCGGCGACCUGAAUAUGAAUGUGUCGUAGUAUGUGUUCUUGCAACAUUAUGGCAAGCUUCGCUUGGCACCGACUGAACGGCGACCGCCUGUAUCCUUGGACGGUGGCAGAACAAGUAAGUACGAGUGGGCUCUUGCAUCAGCGCACACGUGCGUCACCUUAAGGGGAUAAGUAAGUAAGUAUCUAAUGCUGUAGCUCUAUAAUAUUGUAUAAAGGUGAGUAUGAGCACUUGGCUCAUACGAAAGACGACCGCAAGCUCAACCGGAGAAUCCUAUUAAGUCGAGCACGGAUACUUCUAUAAUUGAGCAUGGCCUAUCUUACCUGUAGCGCGCAAUCUCUAACCAUUCGGCACCAAGAAGAAGAGAGCACAUGGAGCAGGAUCUUGCUGCUUUGGGAAUGGCUGGGAAGAAAAGGACUGAAGAAGAGGCUGGGCGCUAUGAUGCAGUGCUCUAAUUGAUAUGACGCCAGGGGUAAGAACAGCAACUCGACAUCUCCUGCUUGUGCAUCUGCAAGCAAAAACGAAGACCAGUUGAUGGAUGGGCACAUACAGAGGCAAGCGCAUAAUCAUUGCAAUACUAGCG